AUGUCGCGCCAACCCCAGGAAGCCAGUCAAUAUUUGUUUCUCACCGCCUUCAUACAAGACUGCGGACCAUUUCGCAUGGAUGCCACGGUGUUGGAACUGGCCAACUCCGAUAUCCAAGUGUUUCUGUCCGAUUGCGGCAUGAUUAUCAGCUGUGCACCGAAAAUGUUCAUGAAUUACAUCCAGAAAUGGGACGUCAUCACAAUUGCCAGACAAGACGAUUCAGAUGCCAGCACAUCCAGUUCCGCUGGAAACCAAACAGGAAUCGCAGUGAUCGUCAAACAAGAGUUGGAGACGACGCAACAGCCCCCUUAUUCUGAUAGAACUUGUCUCGAAAGGAAUUUCGGUGCCUAUUCGUGA